AUGGCACAAAGAACUCCCUCGUAUGUACCUCCGCCUGGUGCCGAGCCAGCGGUGAUCGGCUGCGGAGCUUGCGGAGGACCGGGAGCAGCCGGGAUGGCGUAUGCGGCCCCACAGUCGGGGCAAUCUGUCCCGCAGCUCCAAACUCCCCCACCGCCUGCUGUGCAGCUUCCGGGGUUCUCUCCGCCGGUGCUGAAUCAACCGCAGCUGCAGGCCCAAAGUUUCAAUGCUUCUCAGCAGCCUGGAAGCUGCGGGGCUUUGGUGCCGGGCGCUGGUCUGCCCAGCCCCGAGGUGAUACAGAAACAGAAGGAGGGCUACAUCAGGUUGUUGGACGAACAGCUGAAGCAAGGGCAGAAUACCUUGGAGCAACAACGGAAGCAGCAGUCUGAAUAUCUUCGGACUCAGGCCCAACAGCAGAAGCAGCAGGUUGACAUGCAGAUCAAGCAGCAGGUGCAGCAGCAAGAAAUGCAACUCUUGCAGCAAUACAACCAGUCAUUGAUGCAGGUGCAACAGGCUUCGGCGCAGCAAAAAUCGGCGCUCGAAACACAGGCUAUGCAGUUGGUCAUGGAGUACCAACAGAAACGGUCGCAAGAGGAAAUGCUUGCCAAGCAGCAGCAACUUCAGCGAGAGCACAUUGAGGACAGGGUGAGUGUCACACUGAUCGCAAGGGGAAGCUCAGGUUUCCAGUGCCGCGUUAAGUAUGCAGUCCGCGAAUCCGAAAACGGGGGCCCGAACCGGCCCAACGUGAAGCCGAAAACGGGCCGGCUCCAAUCGGAAAGCGCUAGGCUGUAUUCGAAAAACCGGACCCAACCUGACACAGGGCACAACAUGACGCUUGCUAGGCGCCUUCGACAACUAUGUUCGCAGUCGUAG